GCGCUGUAGUUGGUUGUGUGACAUGUCAGCUCGCUAAUUCCUUCCUCCCCUACAUGCGGGUGUCUUUCAAUGUAGCUAUUGUCUCUGGGUGUGGUGCCAUCAAACACAAUUUAGCACUGGCAGUGUUGCGUUUUUCCUUCACAAACUUGUUAUAUCAUCGGAUUUACACGCAUUUUUAUGUAUUGCAGUUCGUACCUUCCGCUAAACGCCUCCUCUUAACAACGGGUACAGGCUGCGAAGCAGUAAACCAACUUGGUCAUUUUCUUGCCAGUCUGUCUGUCCCAGUUCGUCCACCCAGAAGGAAUAAGUCGAGGAGAAAUACGGAGAACAGCAACUGGUUUGUGUACCCUCCCGGACACAACAACAGGUUAUCAACAACACUGCACAAUGGAAGCCGUAGCGAAGUACGAUUUUAAAGCCACUGCAGAAGAUGAACUAAGUUUCAAGCGCGGAGACAUACUGAAGGUUUUAAAUGAAGAAUGUGACCAAAACUGGUACAAGGCCGAGGUGAACGGAAGAGAAGGCUUCAUCCCCAAGAAUUACAUUGAAAUGAAGCCACAUCCGUGGUUUUAUGGAAAGAUCCCGCGGGCAAAGGCCGAGGAGAUGCUUAACAAACAGCGCCAGGACGGGGCCUUCCUCAUCAGAGAGAGCGAAAGUACACCCGGGGACUUUUCCCUUUCCGUAAAGUUUGGCAAUGACGUGCAGCACUUCAAAGUCUUACGGGAUGGUGCAGGGAAGUAUUUCCUGUGGGUGGUCAAAUUCAACUCGCUUAACUCUCUGGUGGAAUACCACCGCACCAGCUCCGUAUCAAGGAAUCAGACUAUCUUCCUCAAAGACAUCGAGCAGGUCCCACAGCAACAUUCCACAUAUGUACAGGCGCUGUUUGACUUCGACCCGCAGGAGGACGGCGAGCUAGGCUUCCGCCGCGGCGCUUUUAUCCAAGUGUUGGACAACUCCGACCCCAACUGGUGGAAAGGGGCGUACCACGGGCAGACGGGAAUGUUCCCACGCAACUAUGUCACACCUGUCAAUCAGAACAUGUAAUAAAAAAAAGACAUCUACACAACCAAAACAAAACUGCCAACCCUCGCCAGCCCUAGAACCAAAACAAACUUGUAUAGGGUUGCUGUGGAAACAGACGGGGGAAGGGUGGAUCAGGGCGGACUUUUGCCAUGCGGGUUGCUUGACACUGCGGUGGCUAAGAGAAGAGGCGUGAUGCGGCGCUGGGAUUGGCGUUUGCCAGGGCCAGCACCAGAGACUGAGGGGGAGGAGGCGCUGUGGUGUGUCCCCCCCCGGCUGCUCCUGCUUCACCUCAUCAUCAUCGCACUCAUCCCUCCUGUCCUUCUCCUGUGAUAUCAAAUGCUGUUUGACGAGAUUUUCAUUUGUAGUUCUAGUAGUGUUACAGAAAACAGGAUUUGAUCUGGAUCUGGUUGUCUCGUUUCCCACCCAGCGAUUGGACUUCAUAUUGAACUCCAGGGGACAACAAGCAGUUUUUUUUUUUCUGAGUAUAAUUCGUAUGUAGGUAUUAGAGGCUGCAUGUUUUACAUGCAUCUGUAUCAGUAUUUUUGGUCAAAGUGAGAAGUGUUGAGUGACAUGAGCUGAUCCCAGGUCAGAGAGAGAAUGCUUGCUUAAAAAUCCUUUUUUCUUGAAACACUAUAAAAAAAAAAAUGUGGUCAGCACUCAAACGUUCUGAGGAUGAGUUGAUGAUACAGAGGGCUCACUGAAAUGUACAUACCCAGCCUCUAAAUGUUUUACUUUGUCUUUUUUUCCUGCCUGAGUGGCGUCAUCAUUUUGACUUUGUAAUAAUGAAUAUUCAAUUAUGUUGAUGUGAUGUUAAUCAAUCAUGAAACCCUAUGAUGUUAAAAUCUUGCCUGUAAUUCACCCACAUACUUCAAACUGUCAUACGUUAUUUGGAUGAGUGGGUCAUGUUAGUUCAUCUAGUCUUUUCUGGAGACAUCUUGUCCAGUUGUGCUUUCUCAGUGCCUUUCCAACUUAUUGUCAGCAAGAUAAUCAUGAGGCCGAACUGGUCUUUGUGAGAAACACAAUCGAUUGCAAAGUAAAUGGACAGUACCUUUUACUCAAGACUCAAGUCAACAUUAGAGAAAUAUUGAAAUUUCUUGUGAAAUGUAAUUCAGCCCAAUGCGUUGUGGGAUGCAGGGGACCAGGCAUACAUGUGUAUGAUGCUGGUAUUUAACUUAAAAAGAAAUAAAUGUAGUCAAUAUGAUGCAUUCCCUUGCUA